AUGAGCUUCAAUCUUCCCCUCCGGCCGGCCUCGAGCAGUCUACGGAACCAAGCGAGCCGGAGCAGCUACUUCACCAGCUUCACGCCCAACUCCUCCACCGAAGCCGUCAAUGGCCCUCCGCAACGACAGGCUCCUCCACGUGAGCUGUUCGGCCCGGCCGAUCGACUGAUUGUAGGCGUCGAUUUUGGAACCACUUUCUCAGGCGUCGCCGCCGUCUACACGUCAACACCAGACGAUGUCGAAAUCAUCAAGACAUGGCCCGGCGGCAAUGGCAUCACCUCGGACAAGGUGCCCACCGAGAUCAGCUAUGACUUUCCUCAGAAUGCCCCCGAAGGCACAAAACCUAAUGUGAAAUGGGGCUUCCAGUUCAAGCCAGAGGAAUCCCGCCUUCGGUGUAUCAAACUAUUCCUUGACCGCUCACAGAAGUUACCUUUCUACGUGAGCCCAUUGGAAACGGCGGCGCAGCUAAAACGCUACAACAAGAACGUCCUUGAUGCCGUUAGCGACUAUCUCACACAAGUCUACAAGCACACAAUAGACACCCUGACUCGAAGAUACGGCGAAUCCUUCAUGGCGUCCACCAAGGUCGAGUUCGUCCUGACCUGUCCAGCGGUGUGGUCAGACGCGGCGAAGAACACGACUUUGCAAGCCGCCGAACGAGCCGGCAUGGGGUCCAUGUCGGAGAUCCAAAUGAUCAGCGAACCCGAAGCCGCGGCUGUCUACACGCUGAAGGCCAUCCAACCAAACCACCUAAACGUUGGCGACAACUUCAUUGUCUGUGAUGCUGGUGGCGGAACUGUCGAUCUGAUCGCCUACAAAAUUAUUUCACUCAAGCCGCUCAAGGUCGAAGAGUCUGCCGUGGGAACCGGCGGUCUUUGCGGAAGUGCAUUCCUAAACUACAGAUUCGAAGAGCACGUGAAGAACAAGCUCGGUCAUACCCGGUUUGACGAAAUGAUGCACAAGAAACAGAAAACAUGGCAGAUGGGCCUCAGAUAUUUCGAAGAGUUUGUGAAGCGGAACUUCAACGAAGAUGAGCACCAAGAGGUCAACGUACCAUUCCCUGGGUUACCAGACGACGAAGAGGCCGGGUUGGACUGCGGAUUUAUGAUCAUGACGGCCGCCGAGAUCAAAGAAAUAUUUGAGCCCGUAGUCAAAGAGGUCUGCGAUCUUGUCCAGGGCCAGGUAGAUGGGAUUCGCCAAGCGGGCGGCGUCGUGUCUGGGAUCGUGUUAGUCGGAGGGUUCGGCCAGAGCGACUACCUCUACCGGAGACUGAAGUCGCAUUUCAACAGCGCGGCACCACCACCUUACACCGAACGGCCGACUCAUGGAACCAUGACCACACUGCAAGAGACUGCGUCCAUCGAAGUGAUGCAGCCUGUGUAUGCCUGGACGGCUGUUGUGCGUGGAGCAGUUCUGCGAGGACUCGAGGGCAACAUGGUGAUAUCGAGGAAAGCCCGGUACCACUACGGCACAUCAUACGCAACCGUGUACGACGAAGAGAAACACUCGGUCAGCGAGCGGUACUGGUCACCACUGUGGGAGCGGUGGAUGGUGUCGGACCGCAUGCAGUGGCACAUUGCGAAGGGCGAGGCAAUAUCACCUCAGGAGCCUAUCGCAUUCCACUAUACUCGAAACUUCCGCCCUGGGCAGUCCCUUACGGUGACAGACGAUCUAAUUGCAUGUGAAGCAGACGAACCGCCCUCAGCAUACACUCGUGACCUCAUACACGUAUGCACACUCACAACAGAUCUUGCAGCAGUGCCACGAAGCUUGUUCACAAGGUUAACAACAACACGAGGCGUGGAGUUUGACAAUCUUGACUUUACACUGGAGAUGAUUGUCGACAGUGCUGGUCUGGGAUUUGAGCUGAAGGUGGACGGCGUCAGGUAUGGCCGUGUCGACGCCGAGUUCCACUGA